CCACUUGAUGAGGAAUUGACUAUGAAUGAUGAACAUAAAGAAGUUGUAAGUCCUGAUUUACUAAGACAGAUAUCCAGUUCAAUUGAUUCACGUCUUCUUCAGCAUUUGGUCAAUGCUUUGUUCAAAGAUUCUUUGCAAACUGGAUAUUCUGAUAAGACUUGGCCUUCUAAUGAGGAAGUGGAAGCAAUAAGUGCUGUUUGCACUUUCCUUCAUGUUACAUUCUGUACGCUAUCUCAUGAACUCAUCAUGACCCUGCUAGGUUACAGAACUGAUCUUCUUCCUGCACUUUGGAGUUACAUAAAGAGAUGCAAUGAGAAUCAAAGAUGGCCACUGUAUUCUAAGUUCACAAAUAAUAUACCUGGUGAUAAUCCAGGUUGGCUGUUGCCACUGGCAGUUUUCUGUCCUUUGUACAAGCACAUGCUAAAGUUUGUGGAUACUGAAGAAUUUUAUGAGCAAGAGAAACCAGUUAAAAUAAGAGACAUUCCAUCCUUGGUUAUUGUUUUGAAGCAGGCCUUAUGGCAGCUCCUGUGGUCCAUACAUGGCCAUGUACCCUCCUCUCAGAAGUUGCCGAAAAAUCUUUUGGAUGAUAGGAUACUUUCUGUGGAACUCAUUAAAGUUAAAGCUAGGGUUGCAAUGUCUGAGCUUCUAAGCCAGUUGCAGGACUGGAAUAAUAGAAGGCAGUUCAUGUCAGCUGAUGAUUUCCAUCUCCAAGAAGCAAGGAGUGAAACCUUUGUUUCUCAAGCCUUACUUGAAAAUACUCGAGCAUCUGAAAUACUAAAACAAGCUCCAUUUCUGGUGCCAUUUACAAUCAGAGUCAAAAUUUUCACUUCAGAGUUAGUGGCUUCUAGACAAAGAAGUGGAGGUCAUCCUGCUUUAACUAGACUGAGGUUCAAAAUAAGAAGAAAUCGAAUACUUGAAGAUGCUUUCAAUCAGCUAAGUACAAUUUCAGAGGAUGAUCUUCGAGGACCAAUUCGAAUAUCAUUUGUCAAUGAAUUUGGGGUUGAAGAAGCUGGGAUUGAUGGUGGUGGGAUUUUUAAAGAUUUUAUGGAGAACAUAAUUCAGGCUUCUUUUGAUGUUCAAUAUGGACUGUUCAAGGAAACACCUGGCCACCUUUUGUAUCCAAAUCCUGGAUCCGCAUUAGUUCAUGAGCAACAUCUUCAAUUUUUUCAUUUUCUUGGAUCUCUUCUGGGAAAGGCGAUGUAUGAGGGUAUCCUUGUGGACAUACCAUUUGCAACAUUCUUCCUUAGCAAAUUGAAAGAGAAGAGCAACUUUUUGCAUGAUUUGCCUUCACUAGAUCCAGAGCUGUAUCGCCACCUUCUCUUCUUAAAGCAUUACAAAGGUGAUGUGUCGGAACUGGAACUGUAUUUUGUUGUUGUAAAAAAUGAAUAUGGAGAACAAACAGAAGAGGAACUAAUUCCUGGUGGAAAAGAUAUGCGCGUUACGAAUGACAAUGUGAUCUCUUUCAUUCAUCUUGUUGCGAAUUAUCGCUUGAAUUAUCAGAUUCGCAUUCAAAGUUUACACUUUUUACGAGGAUUUCAACAGCUUAUCCAGAAAGAAUGGAUUGAAAUGUUCAACGAGCAUGAAAUUCAGCUUCUUAUAUCAGGGUCACUUGACAGUAUGGAUGUGGAUGAUCUGCGUUCAAACACUCAUUAUGCUGGUGGCUACCAUCAUGAUCAUGAUGUCAUUGUGAUGUUCUGGGAAGUGCUCAAAAGCUUUUCUUUGGAGUACCAGAAAAAAUUCCUCAAGUUUGUGACUGGCUGUUCCAGAGGGCCACUUCUUGGUUUCAAGUAUCUUGAACCAAAGUUCUGCAUACAAAGGGCUGCUCCUUUUGAUGUUGCUGAAGAAGAUCUUGACCGCCUACCAACUUCUGCCACAUGCAUGAAUUUACUGAAGUUACCUCCAUAUCAAACGACGGAACAAAUGAGAACCAAAUUAGUCUAUGCAAUAAGUGCAGAUGCUGGUUUUGAUUUGAGCUGAUUCCUGGUCAUCGACACUCGUAGUUUACAUAAAACAGCUAGAGCAGAUUCCUGCUUAUCUUGUCUUCGCAUGCUUGCUGAUGAUUGGGUUGUCGAAAGCCUGAUUGAAUGAUUCUAGGCUCCAUCAUGAAAGCGAACACAGGGUGUUACAGCGGCUCCAUAAAAGGCUAUGACAAACAAAGACAGUGGUACUUGUAGAUACUUGGGAAGACGGUGGGAGCUUCCAAAUUGGAAAAAAAAGAUUAUAUUCAAAUCUGUAAAUACUGAAAUCGAUGUCUGGUCACCCAAUGUUAGAAAUGAGGUUAAUUGAAAUGUACACGCCUUUCUUUUUUUUGUGUACUGGUGAUGCUAUCAUCCUACUUGUAAAUUUCUGCAUACUGGAAGUUAGUAGCAUAGGGCUUUCUAGUUUGUGUAUAAUUAUUGGAUGGUUGGAAAUAAUUCAACAGGUUUUAAUUAUAAGUACUCUGCUAUUUUAAUUUUA